AUGCAAUUGUCAAAAUAAGAAGCAAUUCUAAAGGAAUUAUUUGAAGAUGAUUAUUUUACUCAAAUCAUUCAACAUCCCUCUGUGCAAUCCCCAUAUGAGGAACUUAUCUGUGCAAUUUGCUAUAACCUCCUUGAAAUUCCAAUCGUACUACCAGAUUGCAAACAUACAUUCUGCAGAGACUGUCUCGAUGCAUGGGUUGGCCAAUAAGCAAUGAAUUGUCCUUAUUGCAGAAUCGAUGUCUCACAUUAUUUAUGUAUUGAUGUCUCUAACAUUUUUAAAGCAAAUAACUAAUUGAAAUUCAGUCUCAUAGAUUUCAAUACAAUGUUUUUGAUCGACAACAUUGAGAUUAAAUGUCCCGAUUGCAAUUGGAAAGGUAAGACGAAAGAUCUCAAACUUCAUCAAUAAAAGUAUUGCAAUCUAAUGUCAUGUCCACUAAAAUGCAAUCAAAAAUUCACCUCAGAAGAACUCGAACUCCAUAAAGAUAUUUGCCAAAAUAGAAUCAUUAAAUGUCCUCAAUAUUGUGGUGAAGAAUUUGAGGCACAUAAAGUGUUUUCUCAUCUCUAAAACUGCAUGUACACUUAUAAAGAGUGCAACAAAUGUAAUUGUAUUUUGUAGGGUGUAAAAAUAUUGAAUCAUAAUUGUAAUAUUGAAUCUUGUAGAAAUUCUUAAUUUGGGUGCAAAAAACAAGAGAUGCAUUAAAAUUGUGAAUUUGAAUUAAAUUAUUGUAAGUAUUGUUUCAAUUUUUUAAUGAACAAAGAUCUAGAGACACAUAUUUGUUAAAUAUAGAGUAGCAUACAAGAUGUUUUAAAUUCAUUUUAAAAGCAACUGCUAGAGUCCUUAUAACCAGUUAAACAUGAUUUAUAAUUAUUGCAAAAUGCCAUGAAAAAAUGUCAAUAAGAGUCAAUUCUAUUGUUAGAUGUACCAACGGACAGAAUAAACAUAGUGGAAAUAUUGUAAUUAUUUGGGCCGGUUCAAAAUCUGAAACAAUACUUGAACCUCCCUAAUCUUGACUAAAAAAAAGUAGCUGUUAGAUAUUUCCACGAAAAUGCUGCACUCUGUUGUAAGCAAUACAUGAAGAUAUUGGGAAUAACAACUUAAUCUUUGGAAAUGGGGGAAAAAUAGGUUAAAAUUUAACCAAAAUAAAAAAUUUCAUGA